CGUACCAGACCUGGACCUGGUCCUGCUGCAGUCCCUCCUCUGUCCACCAGGGGGCUCUGUGGUUCAAUCAGACAUAAAGACGCGGAUCAGGGGGCGUUUGUGUCUGAGCUUAGGGGGUCCGGACCUGGAUCAGACCUGGAUCAGGCGUGGAUCGGACCUGGUCCAGACCGGCUCUAGUACCUCUCCUCCUCCUGGUUCUUCCUCCUGGUUCUUCAUCCCUCCUUCUUCCUCUUCUUCUUCCUCAGUUGAUCAUGGAUCCUCUUCAUCUUUUCUCAGUGCUGGUGAUGUCAUCAUGGUGCGUUCAGGCGCUCAGAGUGGACGUGUUUCCCAGAAUGCCUCUGUUCAGACUGGGGGGGCGCCAGCAACUGGUCUGCUCGGUUCUGGACUGUCCCGACCCGCUCAGCAUCUCCUGGACGCUGCUGGACGACCGCCCGCUGACCGGCACCGUCCAGUCCAACAGAAGUCAGUCUGUGGUGACCUUUGACCCCGUGAUGACCGAGCAUGAGGGCGCUCUGCUGUGUAAAGUCAGCUGUAGAGGAGAACAGAGGCAGGCCAAGAGUAGCGUCCAGGUGUACGCUUUCCCAUCAGCCCCUCUGAUCCGAGGUCAUGACGCUCUUCGUUUGGGGGCAGAGUCGACCCUGGUCUGUGAAGUCCUGGACCUGUACCCCCCAGAGAUGUUGACCCUGGACUGGAUCAGAGGAGACCACAUCCUGCAGAGCAGCAUGGGAUCGGUCCGGUCUACGUACAGGUUCACCCCCCACAGACCGGACUCAAGGGCCCACAUCAGCUGCAGGGCCACGCUGGACCUGAAGGACCUGCCCGCUGAGGACCGGAUCAAGGAGACCACGGUCCAGCUGAACCUGCUCUAUGCUCCUGUCAUCACCUCUGACUCCACCUCCUCUGUUCUGGUCAUGGUGGGCUCUCCUCUGAACCUCAGCUGCUUGGCGGACGGAAACCCCGCCCCCGUGGUCACCUGGAGCUUCCAGACACCAGACGGACGCUCUGUGCCACUCGGCGCCGGCCACAGGCUCCUCCUCCCGGCGCUGACGCUGUCCGGGUCAGGACGGUACGAGUGCCGGGCGUCCAAUGCGGAAGGAAACAUGACGGCGGCGGUCCAGGUCACAGUUCACGCUCCACCCACCAACACCUCGGUCUCCGUGAGUCCAGAUGAGGAGGUGGUGGAGGGUCAGGAGGUCACACUCACCUGCCACUCAGAAGGAGCUCCGCCCCCUAUGCUGGUGCUAAAGAGAGAGGAGGUGGAGCUGCAGAGGACAGACUCCGCCUCCUCCUACCUGAUUUUCAACAUAUCCUCUGCCCAGCUGGAAGACUCCGCCCACUACCAGUGUGAAGCCUCCAACCAGUAUGGAGCCCAAGUGGACAACAGGACGGUCACUGUCAGAGUCCAUCCUCUGCAGGUGCAGGUCAUGCAGCAGGUAGCGGCAGCUGAUCGGGGUUCAGGUCUGGUCCUCACCUGCCAGGCCUCCGGGUGUCUCCACCCCCCCACCCUCACCUGGAGGAGGACGGUGCGGGUGGGACCGGAGCGGGCGGGGGCGGUCCUACAGAGGACGACGGAGUGGAGCAGGAUGUCCCGCCUCCACCUGCAGAACCUGGACCUGAUGGACGGAGGAGGAUACAGCUGUGAGGCCAGCUGUGGGUCUGUGGUCCGAGCGGGACACACCCAUGUCCACGUCUAUGCAUUCCCCUCUGAUCCGGUUCUGGAGGGUCCUGGUUCGGUUCUGGUGGGUCAGGUGGCCAUGUUCCGCUGUUCCGUCACUGACGUGUUCCCAGCCAAUCAGCUGAGGAUCCACUGGACCUCGGGGAACAGGUCUCUGAUGGUCCAGGACACAUUCUCAGGGAACAGGUCCCUGAUGACCCAGGACACGUUCUCAUCCUCCCAGUCGUCGCAGAAUGUUUCAUCUGUCCUGAGGUGGAGGGUGGACCAGGACCAGAGGGGCGGGACCAUCAUCUGCAGGGCAGAGCUACUGACAGAGGACGGUGUUGUGUGGAGGUCCAGGAGCAGCCACGCCCACCUGCACCUGCACCGUCCUCCCAGGGGUACCCAGGUCUCCGUCAGUCCAGGUCCGGAGGUGUUGGAGGGUCAGGAGGUCAUGCUGUCCUGCCACUCAGACGGAGCUCCGCCCCCAAUUCUGGUGCUGAGGAGGGAUGGGGUGGAGCUUCAGAGGACAGACUCCACCUCCUUCCAUCUCACCUUCAACAUAUCCUCCGCCCAGUUAGAAGACUCCGCCCACUACCAGUGUGAAGCCUCCAACCAGUAUGGAUCUGAAGUGGACAACAGGACGGUCACUGUCAGAGCCCCUCCCAGGAACACCACGGUCCUGGUCCUUCCGUCGGCGGUGGUCCAGGAGGGUCAGAAUGUCACCGUGUGCUGCCGGACCAUCAGUUCCCCCCCGUCCACUGUUUACCUUAAACUGACCAAUGGGACGGAGCUGCGGUCAGCUGAUGGGACCUUCCUAUUGGUCAACGUCACCGCCAGAGACUCCGGACUGUACCAGGUCAACGUGACCAACGACCUGGGGUUCCAGGUCAAAGUGUUCCGCAUCAGCGUCACAGAGAACUCCCUCAGUCCUCCAGGUCUCGUCGUCAUCAUCGUCCCCGUCGUCUGCGUCACUGCUGGACUCGCCGCCACCACUCUGGUCCUGGACUACCUGAGGCGGUCCAGGAAGAAGGGCUUCUACCACCUGGCCCGGUCCGCCCCCCCAUCGACCUGAGGUCAGAACCAGGACCCACCCCACCUGGCCCGGUCCGCCCCCCCCAUUGG